CCAUUGCAGAGGAGGAAGGUGCUAUAUGCCGUCUUCGUCGCUGCCGCCUUUUGUUUUGGAACGUGUUGGCUGCUUCUGCCAAGACCUCUUUUCCCGAGUGAGAUUCCGCCUCCACGAAAAGCACACUUUUUAAGGAAUCAUUGUGGUCCUACUUAGUGGUCCAUCUUGACAAUGUCAGUAUCUUCUUGUAGUACUCGAAGAUGGAUAAAUCAGCAGAAAUAUGCUGCUUCCCCACGAACUGAAUGAAGCAGAUCUACACGGCUUCGCCUUCAACUAUCAAGGGGAAAGACGUGAACCUUGUAAGGAGGAUCAAUGUGCUGUUUCAAGAUGAAUUAGAUAAAGAACGUCUACCUGUCAUCUAAGAUUAGCAGGGUUCAUGGACGGUGAGCUUUUCGUUUUUAGUGGCCGCGGUGCGCAUAAGGAGGUGUACGAUGACCUUUGGGCCUAUGAUUUUCAGGCUAGAAAGUGGCAGCAGUUUGAGCAUCCGUACGUACCGUAUUUGCACGGCAGAGCUAGGGAAAAGAACGGCGAUCGGUUCUUGUUGCCACCACCUGCAAAAAAGAUGGAGGAUGUUGUGGAUACUCCAGAGGCUGGGGAAGCUGUAGUUAAGGCUGUACCUAAUACAUCUUUGGACGUAUUCUUGAAAGUGAAACGUAUGGACAUGGAGGAGCAUCCACCUAAGUGAGCAAUACUCUCCCAUAGUACUUUUCAAGGAUGCACUUGAAAGAUGAAUCGCGGACAGCUCUAAUGCAGUGGAUAUCAAUGCUGGAGAACGCAACAUGAUGCAUGGAGAACGCGAGGGUGAAACACUUUCUAGCAGUCGAAUCAUCCAUACGUCGGAUCAUCGUACGUCGAGAGAAAUGGGUAUAGAAGCUGCUGACCCGCUGUCUGUAGUAACACGUCAAGUGCCAAGGCCAGCCACAGGCGGAAGGACAGGAAGCUCUGAGUCUGAAGGUCGUUCACAAGACGAUGCUCCUUCAUUGGCCGAACCAGAAUCAAAAACAGCAGAAGAAGCUACUUUUCUCGCACAACAUGAUAUUAAACACCUCCACAAACAGGAGUUGUAUCCUCCAGGUCGUUUCAAUGGAUGUCAUGUUUCUUCUAGUGCUGGCCUCUUCUUCUUCGGCGGCGACGAAAAGUUCUAUGGGACUGGUGUGCCCGAUCCGAAUUUCAUGAGUCGCGAACUCUGGCACCUGACAAGGAAAUUAUGUUGGCAGAAAGGUGAUAUUUAUAAGUACUUACAUAGCGAAAUUAUGUUGGCAGAAAGGUGAAAUAAGUACAUAGCGAAAUUAUGUUGGCAGAAAGGACACAGAAGAUGGUGAUAUAAGUACAUAGAAGAAGUAGUACUGUGGUCUCCUGUAGCUUGAGAAAAUGAAAACGAGAUACUGGGACGUAUCUAUGUAUCAUAAUCAUUUGAUUUAACCCCAGGAUAGUUAUUCUAGUUUGACCCCAGUGGUUGUACUUGUUCUAGUUAUUCUAGGUUGAAGCACUACUAGCACAGGCAUUUCUUCUAGUGAGACUGCCUAGAAGCACUACUUGCACAAACACUUCUUCUAAGUAGUGGCGAGAAAAACCCCCAAUGGGAGAGGAUAGGUCCUUUGACCUGGAACUUCACGUCUCUUGCCGACUCGCAUGGACACCUAAGAAGGAACACGACUGACCUAGAAGUUCCAGUACGUUACUCAGUGUAUGGCAAUGAAAUUAUAACAGAAUUUGUGAAUUUCUUGUGUUUGAUGGAAAUAAAUGGAUCACUGUAUCAUGUAAAAAAUUCUCGUUGUCAUAUUUUUAAAUUAGAAUAUUUUUCAUUUCCUGAUCAGAUGUAUGGUUCUGGUAUUUGGUAACCUGAAUUUGAUCAUAAGGGUUCUCUUCUUGUUUUCCCUUAUGAUCAAAUUCAGGCUAUACCGAUUACCGGAACCAUUCAUCAGAAGUACCUUGAUGGUUCGCUAAGAUCCAGAGCGCUCCGCACCAGCUUGUGCUUACGAUGAGACUGAUCGCGUCUUCUAUUUCGUGGGUGGCAGGCCAGGCCUUGGGAAAUUGGAUAACACUCUGUGGCGAAUCGAGGUCGACCGACUCUUUGUCGAACCGAUACAAAAGUUUGAAAGUUGUGUAAGACCCCUGGAGGUGAAGGGUGCGUGCGGUGGUGCACCCGAAACCUUCAUCGUGGGAGUUGUACCUCCUCCUGCGCAGACAGUGACGACGCCUAGUACAGGAGUGACGAAUCCGACAGUGAUAACGGCUGCUUCCACAUCUCCCGUUGUUGUCCCUCAGCUCCCUGUGUGGACACCAGUUCUCUACCUUCACGGAGGUCGAAGUGGGGACCGAUAUUCGAACCAACUGUUGCGACUUGAAGUAGCCAGGCAGAAGGACGCGAGCGAUUAAGGCUACACGCUCACUAUCUUCUGUGUUAGGAUAUUCUGGGUUCCCCAUUCGAUAUGUGGUGAACGCUCACUAUCUUCGAUAAUCCUCAGAGAAUGCGUUCCCCAUUGGGCUAAUCAAAGGGCUAAUCAAAAGGCUAAGCAAAGGGCUAAUCAAUGGGAAAGAAAGCAAAUCACGACUCUUGGCUCUAAUGCGAGCAUCGAUACAGAUGGAUGCCGCUUAAUGGCGAAUACAUGUGCGAUUCUCAGAUAGAGCAACCCUCAACACGAGAAUCUCCAGAGUCAGGAGGACUUGAGAGGAUUAAUACGCGAGACGUUGUCUCAACAUCAGAAUCAGAAAACAGCAGUCGUGUCCGUGGUCGAGAACAACAAGGGCGAGAAGAAACUGAAACUUCCUCGUCUUCCUCUUCCAUCGAAGAAAGAAGAACAAGCACAAAAAUAUCUUAAGGCUCAACUGAGAUCAAUGGUCACCAUUGACAAUGAUUUCAAUGGUCACCAUUGGGGUUGGUUGGCCACCAUUGACAAUGAUUUCAAUGGUCACCAUUGACAAUGAAUGGUCACUGAGAUCAAAGAGGCGACCUCCCCUUGAGAGUAGAACAGCGGAAAUAGAUGAAGGGAACAAGAAAGGGGAGAGAGCUUUGACUCCUUUCACGGAAGGUCUCUUCCGUGAAAGGAGUCAUGAUGUUGACCAGUGAAUGAAUGCCGCGCUUUAAUGAAUAUCGUUACAACUACUGUUAAGGCUGUACCUAAUACAUCUUUGGAUGUAUCCCUGGAACUACGUAUGGAGGAGUAUCCACCUAAGGGAAUACUCUCCCAUACUUUUCAAGGAUGCACUUGAAAGAUGAAUUACGGACAGCUCUAAUACUGGUUGAGCACAUCAAAGUCAAAGAACAUCAAUCGUUACAACUGGUUGAGCACAUCAAAGUCAAAGAACAUCUUCAAGGAAUAUCUCAAGUAGAGGAUCCAAUUCCCCCUCGACGAAACCACCAUGCGUGCGUUUUCAUUCGAGAACAUGGCGAAUUCUGGAUCUUCGGUGGCCGCUCGGAACAUCGCGGCACCGGCAUGGGCCUCUUAAGUGAUCUCUACCGUUACAACGUUUACGGCUACUGCUUCUACUAGUCAAAGUCGUCAAAAAUCUAAAUCAUUCUUCACAAUGUAUUUUUUCUAUUUAGACGCUGAGUGGAAUAUUAUUGUCAAAAAUCUAAAUCAUUCUUCACAAUGUAUUUUUUCUAUUUAGACGCUGAGUGGAAUAUUAUUGUCAAAAAUCUAAAUCAUUCUUCACAAUGUAUUUUUUCUAUUUAGACGCUGAGUGGAAUAUUAUUGUCAAAAAUCUAAAUCAUUCUUCACAAUGUAGUAAGUAUUUUUAUUUGGAUGGGCGACGCUGAGUGGAAUAUAGUCCGUUGUAGAUGGUCGUCGUUUGGAAUCAAUAUAGUAGAUUUAAUAGAUCAUGCUGAGUAGAGAGGAAACCCACUCAACCAAGAAUUGUAGUGAUUGACUACGACUACCUUUAAAACGUGCAAUCCGGAAAGUGGAGAUUAGAAGUCCCGAAAAGCGCAGUUCCAGGUGUCUCAUGGCCGUCCGCGCGCUUUCUGCCCACACUCGAGUACGAGGAAGCGAACGACAGCUUGAUUAUCUUUGUUAUGGCAAGCUGUUUGAAGUCAUCUCGAUAGAUGACAAAGAGAAAGUCUGUAAUAUUUCAAGGCUUCCGGUAGUGGUUUGUACUCUGAAGAUGUUGGCACACACCUCGUCCAGAGUAGCAUGCCGUGCCACACCGUUUUGAGUACUAAGUACUCGAAAACUGAAAAUAAGCGAGUAGCUAGCUGAAAUAACCGAGUAUCUGAGAAGAUUAGUACUCUCUGCGAUACUCGGUUAUUUCAGUUUUUCAACCGAGUAUCUGAGGAGAUUACUCUCUGGGAUACUUACUCGGUUAUUUCAGUUUUUCAACCGAGUAUCUGAGGAGAUUACUCUCUGGGAUACUUACUCGGUUAUUUCAGUUUUUCAACCGAGUAUCUGAGGAGAUUACUCUCUGGGAUACUCGCUUAUUUCAGUUCAUGCAUGUUCUACCUGUUCUUCUAAUCCACCAGGCCAAGAUACGAAGGAGAAGACAAAUGACAUCUGGCGACUGCCGAGGGCGGGGAAAGCUUCGACUGCCACACUCCUUCAGCCUUGUGAAUAUUGCUCAGGGGAGGAAAGAUAAAGAAGCUUGGGGUCGUUUCACCUCCUUCUUGUCGAGACGCAGGAUGCGAGGAGCAGGGAAAGAGGGGUCGUUGUCUCCAAGGAGAGAAAAUCAUCAAGGGAAAAGCAUAUGUCGUCUUUUGUCUUGCUGUUAUCUGAAGACGUGAAGUAGAGGGGAAGACUUCUUUGUCAUUCUUGUGUAAAAAAUCUAUUAAAAUUAACUGGAUCCCCUCACAGUGAAUGUUCAACCCCCUAUUAAAAUUAACUGUGAUCAUUGGACUCAACCCCUAGAGUGCUGGGUACAUUCAUUCAUUCAACUUGCCUAACCUAUUGACAUGACAAGCAAGCAUUAAUUGAUGACAACCGCUGUAUGAUCUCACGCAAACAAAUUCUUCAUCGCAUCAAUUUACAAUUGCACACGCACAUAAGGAUCUCCUUGGCAGGAUUUUUUGAACUUUGGAACAAAAUGCCCUUGCUUGCUAUUUGACGAAAAAGAAACAAAAAGUGCCCGCUGUGGGUUUGAGUAGAC